AUGCCUCCAAUUUGGAAAACAACUUACUUGAAGAGAAUAUCCAGGCAUGUCAUCAUCUUUUUGUUUCCUUUUGGCCUUUUCAAUACUCUGUUACUAAACUUUACCGUUCACCAUGGUCCACAAAUUCUGCAGACUUCAGCAUCCAGUUCACGGCUAACAUUCUCAUCAAAGGCUGGGGCAUUGCCUGCUCCAUCAAGUGAACCAUCAACUCCUGCUUCGAUUGGAUCUCAAGAGGUUCAAAGGCCCCCUCGUAAUGCUGCAUCACCCUCAAGCCAGCAGAGAAGUAACGGGAUUUCAGGAGUGGCUGAGCUUGCUAGCGGCCUCGGGAUUUCUAAAGGUAUCCAUACAGAAGAAGAAACAAGUAAUAGAACGAGUUGGUUGAAACCUGCAUUUCUUAUGAGAACACGUAGCGCAACAAACAGUGUAGUGCAUCAAAUAUUGGUCGAUCCACAUGCAUCGGAUUAUCCGUUGCUAAUUGUAAGCAACGGAAUUUCCGUUGCUGCGAAAUCAGCAACGGAUAAAUCCGUUGCUAAAAAAUCAGCAACGACAAAUUUGCAUCCGAUAUUUGCCGUUACUGAUUCCGUUGCUAAAUUGUUUUAG